AUGGCCACGCCCGGCGUGGACCUGGACGACGUCCAGAUGCACAUCGACGACGCCACCAUCCAACUCAGCACCCAUCGCCUGACGACGCCCUUCCCGGAAUCAGUCAUAUCCAUCACCCGCACCUCAUCACCAAACACAUCCAAAGAGCACCCAUCUUCACCCGAGUACACGCCCCGUGAGUUGGCGGAGCAGGCGAAAGCCCGGCAGGAGCGCCAGAGUGCUCGCGAAAUGAGAUGGGUCGCUCGCGAGAGGGCAAAUCGUAGCAAGAGCCCAGUGCCCAUGACUCCAAUGCGGGCUUCGACGGGCGGCAUCGAGAAGAGGAAGUCGACAGGAAAGUGGAAGAGCAAGGCUACCGACUCGCGACUUUCGUCGGACCUCGAUCGCCUCCUCGUCGGCGAUAGCUCAGCUAGUCGCGCUUUGCAAGGUUCUCAACACCCCCUUCGUGCCAUCUUGCACAGCCUCCCGGGCUUCACCUACGACACCGAGCUCGACAACGUCAAGUUUCGCAAAGGCCAGCGCGUCCAACUCGGAAUCGAGGAUCUUAUGGCCAGUGGGGGAAGAGAUGUGGCAAAGGAGUGGUUAGAGGAGUUCCUCCUUCUCACAUUCGAAAUCAAGGCCAAGGUCCUGGAGCGCUAUCCCAUGUGCCGAGAGCUCGACGACGUGCCCCUGGGCUACAUCACCAUGGCAAAAGACGUCGAGACGUUCAUCAAUAAGCUUCCUUACGAUCGCGCUUUUAAGGUCCGCCGGACGAUGGAGCGCCGCCUGUGCCAGCCAUACGACAUGCGGAAGCUGGUGGAAUGGACGAUCAGAGCCCGCUGCCGGUUUCUCGAGACGAAGCCGAAGAUGGUGCCGGGCUUUGGCCCUUUCGGGCAGAUGAGCAAAGAAGAAGGGACCGAUUUGGAAAAGCGUCUGUGGGCGGCGGUCGAUGCUAGAGGGUAUGCGAUGCCUAGAGCGCAUGACGAUUAG